AUGCUGGGGCGUCAUUUUAGAGAUUUAUUGCCUCGCGUGCAAAGGAUGGGCAAAGACGCUGAAGUGAGAUACUUCAACGACGUGAGGAAGUGUAUACGUGAUACCUUCAGACAUGUUUGCGAGGAAGAGACUGUGACUUGUCCAGAAAUCGAACGUCGCUUGUGCGUCCAUCGAAAAGAGUACCACAGCCCGUGCCAAAAUCGGAAUACGGGCAAGUCACUCAAUCAAAGGGACUCAAAAAUCUGUUGUAAUUGCAAAAAACCGUUGCCAUGCCAAUGCUUACUCAAUAAAUCCUUUAAUAAACAACAAAAGAAUAAGAUGCUAGUUCAUCAUAAGUUUAGCGACCAACAUACAAGUUUUACUGACAUUUUACAUCAGAAAGUAUCUUGUUGUCGACUUUGUAAAAAAGAAAAAGAAUAUGAAGAAAAGUUACUAAAACAAGCUUUGGAAUGGCUUCAAGAAAUACCAGUCGAUGCUAAUUGUUCUUCUUAUGACAAAAACAGAAGGCAGGAGAUAGUGAGGAAAUUGGUAGAUACGUUACUGAAAUAUACAGACGUAAAAGAUAAACAGAAGGAAGAGAUUAAAAAAUGUUUAGACAUACUGCCAAUGUGGCAACCAAUUGAUCAAUAUGAUCGAGAUUUAUUUAAAAAUAAACUAACUGAACGUCUCCUGUCGCGGUUAUGUAUAUUGUCCAACAAUGACAAAUAUUUGAAAGAAAUAGUUUCUAACUGGAUUGAUGAACUAUUGACAAAUCAGGAGCCUGUCAAUAAUUCAUUUGUAAAUAAAGAACAUAUUAUAAAUAAAUUUGUAACCCAAAUUCAAUCCUUAACAUCAGAUGAAACAUCAGAUGAACAAUAUUUUAAAGAAAAAAUAAAAUCGAUCGUAAUGAAUUUAUUAAAAAAUACUCCCAUUGAAAGUGUUAACCACGAUAUAAGUUUUAUCAACAGGGCUGCCGACAAACUAGUAAAGGAUAUAACUUUGACACAACCUGUUGAAGUUUCAAGGACAAACCCAGACAAAAAUGGCAAACAAUAUAGGACGGAUAAUUACGGAAAUCAAGUAAGUAAGUGGAAUGAUAACAAACCGAACCUAGAAAUUUCAAAUACCAUUACGAAUUUAAAUAAGAGUGAAGAAUUUGAUAGAAAUCAUAAUAUUGAAAAUAAUAAUGUGACAUAUAAAAUUAAAAAUGAUAUUAAAAAAAAUAUUGACAUUAUAAAAAAGGGCAAUCUGGACUCAAGAACUGAAAGCCUUUUGUUAGAACAAAUUAAAAUAAAGUUAGAAGCUUUGCCUGAAGACUAUAAGAUAAUCGAUGAAACAAAUGUGGAAAAACAAUAUUUUAAAGAAAAAAUAAAUUCGCCUGUAACUGAUUUAAUAAAAAAUACUCCAAUUGAAAGUAUUAAUCAGGAUAUAAAUUUUAUUAACAGGUCUGAGGACAAAUUAGUAAACGAUAUAACUUCGAUACAAUCUGUUAAAGUUUCAACGACAAAACCAGACAAUGGUAGCACACAAUAUAGGAAGGAUAGUUACGAAAAUCAAGUAAGUAAGUGGAUGGAUAACCACCAGAACUUAGAAACUGCAAACGCCAUUAUGAAUUUAAAUAAGAGUGAAGAAUUGCAUAUAAAACAUGAUAUUGAAGGUAUUAAAGAUGAUGUUAUAAAAAUAAUUGACAUUAUUAAAAAGGAAAAACUGGACUCAAAAGCUGAAAGCCUUUUGAUAGAACUUAUUACAAAGUUAGAAGCUUUGCCUAAAGAUUGUAAGAUAAUCGAAGAAACAAAUGUGGAAAAACAAUAUUUUAAAGAUAAAAUAAAAUUACCUGUAACUGAUAUAAUAAAAAAUACUCCUAAAGUAAUUAACAAUGAUGCAAGUUUUGUCAGGGCUGCCGACAAAUUAGUGAAAGACGUAACUUCGAUACAACCUGUUAAAGUUUCAACGACAAAACCAGAUAAUAGUGGCGCACAAUAUAAGAAGGAUAGUUACGAAAAUCGAGGAAUUAAGUGCACUGAUAACAACAAAAACCCAGAAACUCAAAAUACCAUUAUGAAUUUAAAUAAGAGUGAAGAAUUUGAUAGAAAUCAUAAUAUUGAAAGUGUUAAUGAUAAAAUUAAAGGUGAUAUUAAAAAAAUAACUGACAUUAUUAAAAAGGACAAUCUAGACUCAAGAACUGAAAGCCUUUUAAUAGAACUUAUUUCCAUAAAGUUAGAAGCUUUGCCCAAAAACUAUAAUAUAUUUGAAGAAACAAAUGUGGGAAAACCAGUCUUGGAUAAAGUAAAACAAAUUCAAAACAAUAAUUCAAUGUCAAACCUAAAACCAAAACAACACGACAACUUCAAGGAAAACCCGCAUCUUCAAGGAUUUAUCAGGAACAAAAUAUCAUUAAAAGAUGAAAUAACAAAUACUAUUUCCACAAAAAAUUAUAAAGACGAACUAAGCUUAAAUGAUAGUGGAACUAAUCUAAUACAAACAGAUGCAAGUUUUAGUAAGGCAUUCUUGCCUUUCAGUGAACUUUCAAUACGCUUAGAAAAGGAUAUUCAAAGCUAUGUGAAAGAACAAGUAUCUAAAAUACUUAAUGAAUAUUCUGUAGAUAAUAAAAACAGAAAAAAGAUUGAAAAUAAAUUUACUAAUAUAUUGACUGACCAAAUAAUGCGAGGACACAAUAAUAAUAAUUUUAAAGAAAUGGCGUACAGUACGCUUCAAGAAAUAAAUCUACCCGACAGUAAACUUGGCGAUCUCUAUAAAUCUCUUUUACAAUUUACCAAAGAAAUGUCGUUAAGUUUUAAUACUAAAACGUCAUCUUUUGUACGGAACAUUAAUACUGAUGUUCCUAAAGAAAGAGAGAAAGAUGACAGUUUGAUAAAUAUAGAAAGGGAAAUAACUUCCUUCAUUAGUGAAAUUACUGGCAAUUUUAGGCCAGAACUCGUUUUAAAGCUUACAGCGCCUACAAAACAUCUGGCUGCAGAAAUUAAAAAAGUACUAUCUAACUUCAAACAUUCAAUAAAAGAAACAAAAGAUACGAUUACCAAAUUAAUUUUUAACUUUCUUAAAAACCAAGGUCUGCCAACAGACGCACAGACUGAGAAAUUGGCUAAAAUCUUAGUGAAACAAUUAUUAAAAAUUUCACUACAUACUUCAACUCCAACGAGCGCAAAUGAAAAUUCCUUCCUUAGUACAAGUAAUCAACCAUCAACCAUAUCUUCGAUCAGAAUCGGUGAUAAAUAUUUUGAUACAUUAGAGAAUGAGUCUCUUAUCCCAAUUUAUGAAAGUGCUGAAAGUUAUUUAUUUGUUAACGAAAUUGAAAAUUUAAUCGGAAGUUGGAUGAGAAAUACCAAACUAAAAAGAAUUUUUUCGAAGGCAAUGAUUAACAAUAUAAUUAGUGACAUUAUACGGAGAAAAAGAUAUUUGCAACUAAAUUCAGAAAUUCAGACUUCUUAUGAUGAGGAACAUAAAUUUUUAAAAUUAUUAUUCGCAAAGUGGAUGGAUAAUAGUGACAGCUUUUCGAAUAUUGAUUUUUACAUUGAUUCGUUAGUAAAUCAAAUAAUUGGUCUUUACAUGCCAGAGGUAACAAAUGAUUUAAAAUUAAAAAAUGAUCCAAUAACUGUAACCUCUAUGGAAGUCCUAAAAUGGAUUCAAAAGUUACCACCAGACCAUCUUGUCUCUCACGACAACAAUUAUCAUAAAUUAAUUGCAAAAGAAAUGGCAAAAAACAUGCGAACAGCAAUGAACCAAAAUUCAAAUCCUGAAUUAUUUCUAGAGAAUGAAAUUGAACAUUGGUUACCUAAAAUUGUUAAAGUUUCUUAUGGAAGUGACUUCCACGGCUUGACUGUAAAUCUAAAAGAUUAUAUAAAAGAAGACGUAUUACAAAAUUUAAAUUUACCUAAAUAUAAUAAUCAAUCUACGAAAAACAUAAACGAUGCUAUUAUGAAGUGGUUAAAAAGCUCACCUAUUUAUCAAAGAAGAAAUACACAGGAAAAGCUAUUACAAGAAAACUUAAUGUCAAAUCUUUCAAGGGAUUUAAAUCACAUCAUCAGCAGUUUAAAACCAACUAGAAAUAUUGAUGACCGAGAACUUAUUCUUAAAUUGAUAGAAACGCAAUUAAAACAAUUUCCGGUGGAUCCGACGAUAAGGUAUGAUGAUAAAUAUCAUCGCAAAACAGCUCUAGAAAUUCUAAAUCAUUUAAAGAAUUUAGGUAUUUUUCGGAAUAGUUCUACUAAUAUUGUUACAAUUAAAGACAAUAUAUCUGAUUGGCUACAAAAUAUACCGCUAAGGAGUAUUCUGUCGCCUAAUAACGAAAAAGCGGCAGUUAAUGAGAUUUAUUCAAUCUUUUCUGAAUAUUUGGACAGUAGAUUAAUGGAUACCAAAACAGUACAACAUCACAAAAAUAAAAUAAUCAACGUUCUCAAGUCAUUACCUCUGGGAGAUGAUCUAAGUAAUGAUAAAUUACAAACGUUGGUAGACAAUUUAUUUGAAAUAUUAAAAUGCAAUUCAAAAGAAACAUCACUGAUGGAUCGUACUGAUGAAUUAGAAUAUUUUAAAGAAAAUACUAAAAAGCUUUUGAUAAGAGCGAUUGAGAAAUGGUGUGAACGAUUCCCAAUAAACAUAGAAGACAAUUCAGAAGACAAAGCUAAAAAACGUGAAAUUAAAGAUCGCCUUAUUAGCGGACUGGUAAAUGUACUAAAUAACCUAACUAUAAAUUCAAAUCUGGUUGAUGAUUUGAAUGCGUUUGAAAAUUUAUUGAAAAAUGAAAUAGGACAUCUUUUCGAUACUUUGUUUGAGAGCAAUGACAAAUUACUUCCUUUGCAAAAUGAUUUAUUCAAUAUUACAAAAGAUAUUUUAAAUAGGUAUCGAAACGUAUUAACCUUAAAUAUUUAUAAAAAUCACCUGCGUGAUAUUAUCGAUAAAUCUAUACCUGUGAUUUCUGAUUUUUCUUCUGAGCAACAAAAUUCUUUAGAAAAUAUGAAAGAAAAGUUAAUUGAAGCAUUUAUUAGUUUACAUAAAAUUUCAAAUGAUGAUACAAGGGAGUACAAAGAAAAAUUAAAACGUGAAGUAAAUGAAUUUUGUAGCAAUUAUUUGAAACGUUAUCCUGCUUCUCCUUUAGAGGCAGAUAAACUAUGCAACGAUUUAUACACUGCAUUGCAAAAUGUAUCUUUUCUAGACAGUCCUAAACUUGAUGAAACCCAAAUUAAACAAAUAAAAAAACAAAACGAUAUUAAAACUGUUUUGGCAGAUUUACCGUUAGAAAACAUUGAAAGCAAUAAUUUGUUAAAGACUAAAUUUGCGCAUUUUUUACUUGAACGACUGAAAGGUGAACCUAAAAAUUUAGAACAGGAAAUAAUUGAAUGGUUAAAACAAUUUUCAUUUAAGCCAGAACAUAAUGUUAAUAUGCCAGAAAUAGCAAAAGAUGUUAUUCGUAAGUUAGGGAGCUGUAAUUCCAUAGAAAAAUAUAACAAGAAUACUAAACUACAAUCUAUGCAACAAAGUGCAAAUAUUCAAUCGUCUUCGCAAUGUUUAAUUGAAUCUCCCUUGGUUAAAGCAAAUGCUGCAAAUCAUUCACAAAUUCUAUUACAAGAACGUCCAGUAUAUUCAAGACAUGGAUUUAAAUCCGUAGAAAAAGAUUUACACAUCAAUCAACGUUCAAAGAAUAUGGGUAUUCAAACAGAAGAAGUAAGACCUGAAAGCUGCAGUUUUGAAAAUACUCAUGAAUAUCACAUUACGAAAAACGAUAAAACCUUAAUUCAUCAAAAAACAUGUCCUUCAAUAAGUUGUACAUAUUAUCCGAACUCUUCAAACAACAAACAAUCACAAGAAACACAAACAUCAAACCGAACAGAAGUAUCACCCCAUAUUAUUGUUAAGGAAUACUAUUGGAAUUCCACCUCAUCAUGUCAUAUGGACAACUCACAAUACGAGUCACAAAGCAUACACAGUCAAUUGCGGCGAACAGUACCAUCAUGGCCCUUACCACAAACAAAUAUAUCUUGUAAAUCGCCAGAAUUAUCUACACAUCAUAGCAGAUCAACGCGAAUCCCUUACAUAGCAUCAGGAAGUCUAUGUCCACCUAAUAUGCCUACGGUGGAAACUGAAUUAUCAUCGUUAUCUCGCCCUAUAAACCAACAACCACUAGAUAAAAUAGAUGACCCCUGGGUAAUAACAAAAUCACCUUCAAACGGGAGACACGAACCUAGACAGUCAAAUCAUCAUUUGACAUCUAAGAACAUUAAUGACGUUACACAGAACAUUAAUGACAGACACAGAUUUCCAAAACACAAAACUGCAAGUUGCAGCAACACAAAAAAAUCGCGAUAUAAAUUAACAGACGGAUUUUACUUAACUAGAGAAUUACCAGAUUACAUUUCAUGCGCUAAUAUAGAAAAAAAUAUUUCUGAUUUGAACUUAAAUAAUUUCUUGCCAAAAGAAAGGGAGUUAGAUCGCACAGUUAUGUGCAGAUGUUACGGACGUAGAGACGCUAAACUUUUACAAAGACAGGUCCCUGAUUCUUUAAAAUUGUUUGAUCAGCAGCAUAUCAAUAACAUACGAAAACGUUUCAAAAGUCGUGGUGCACUCUGUCCUCAUCCGAGUGCUUUUUACUUUAGUUAA